GAGGAGCCCGGGGCCAGCUUCCAGAAGCCUUCACCUCGCUGAGGUUUACGCUGUUGUCUCCUCUGCGUAGAUUUUGUGCUGACUGAAGGCAAGGACGGCCACUUCAGCGUCUUCGUCACCUAGCCUAGUGACUAGCACACACCCUCCCGCAGAGGCUGGGCUCCAGGACAAGAUGGCAGCCAAGCAGCCCCCACCUCUUAUGAAGAAGCACAGCCAGACGGACCUCGUGAGCCGCCUGAAGACCCGCAAGAUCCUGGGCGUGGGCGGGGAGGACGAUGACGGGGAGGUGCACCGCUCCAAGAUCAGCCAGGUCUUGGGUAAUGAAAUCAAGUUUGCUGUUCGGGAGCCUUUGGGGCUCAGGGUCUGGCAGUUUGUUUCUGCUGUGCUCUUCUCUGGCAUCGCCAUCAUGGCCCUGGCCUUCCCUGACCAGCUCUACGAUGCUGUCUUUGAUGGAGCCGAGGUGACCAGCAAGACCCCCAUCCGCCUCUAUGGUGGCGCCCUCCUCAGCAUCUCCCUGAUCAUGUGGAAUGCUCUCUACACGGCUGAGAAGGUUAUCAUUCGAUGGACUCUGCUCACUGAAGCCUGUUACUUCGGGGUCCAGUUCUUGGUGGUCACCGCCACGCUAGCCGAGACGGGCCUCAUGUCCCUGGGGAUCCUGCUGCUCCUGGCCAGCCGCCUCCUCUUUGUCGCCAUCAGCGUUUACUACUAUUACCAAGUCGGCCGAAAACCCAAGAAAGUUUAGCCGCCCUCCCGGCCAGGGGCCCAUCUGGGGCAGGGAAGCCCUGACAUCUCGGUUCCCCUUUGGUUCCAGAAGGCAGGAAGGACCCUGCCCCCAGGCAGGCAGGGAUGGCCGCCUUCCUCUCCUCCCAGGCGCUCCCCAAAUGCUGUGAUCUCCUGGGCCUUCAGGUUUGGGGAGGGACAGGGCCUUGGCACCCCUGUCCUUCCCCCCACACAGUGACACCUACUUUUCAUGAGUCUCUUGGCCUCUGGGUCCCCUGGACAGACACUGACAGAAAAGCCUGAGCCAUGGGGCAUCCGGCCAAGGCCAGGCCCUGCCCCUCUGCCAGGAGACCCUUCCUUCCUGAGAGAGGCUGUGGUCUGCCUCCCUGUCCUCUGCCUACACCCCCAGCCAAUCUAAUGCCCAAGCAGCUGAACUUGGCUUCUGCCCAUUGCUGGAAAACCUGAGAACUUGACCCUGCCCCUUCCUUCAGUGUGGGCCCUCCUCACAUGUAGGGGUCCCCUCUGUCCCCUAGACACCCAGCCCAGCUGUGGGCUGAAGGGCAGUGUGGCAGUCCCCUUUCAGCCUUCUGUGAGGGGGCCCACGGGUGGCCAGAGCCUUGUCCUCGGCCCCAGGCCUGGCCGCCACGGGCUCUCCGGGAGCUUUGCUCUUGGCUACUCUGCCUCCACCCCAGCUCCUGGAGGCCCCUGGUGCCCCCUCCCCUAAUUGACUUGGGUCCAGAUGGACACCUGGAUAACCCCAGAUGAAGGCCACCUGUAAGUAAUGGGGCUUGGAGAUGAGGAAGAAAGAAAAGCAUGUCUUGUCUCUUGGCCUGUCCUCCAGGGUCUGAUGGGCUCCUGGCCCAGCCCCCUUUUCCGUAGUAGCCCCCUCCCCAGGGUGCUGCCCUCUGGCCUUCCUGUGUAGGGAGGCCUCCUGGCACAGCCUGGCCUGGCUGUGUAGGACUGGGUGCCCAUCAAACUCAGCAGAAGAAAAAAAAUAGAAAUAUUACAUUAGGCCACCUCCUUUCAUGCCCAGCCCCCAUCAGAUGCCCUGGAGGAAGCCAAUGGCUGGCUCCCUCAGAGCUGAAGACCCCUGCAGGCCCAGCGGCCUGUGUGCCUCCGUCCUUUCUCUCCAGCAUACCCAGGACCAUGGCCCUCAUGUCCUGGGGACGGAUGGGGAGAGAGAAGAGGCUGAGACCCUACACUUGGCUCCUGUCUUGGAACAGAGUUGGGGAUUAGAUCAAUGGUCCAGGUGAAGCCCAGCUCUGGCCCUGCCACCUGGGCCUCUGCCUGGGAACCUGGCCCUGCCUACAGUGGGCCGCCUUGCCCUCCCCUGGGCCCAGCUGCCCCUGUAGCCACACUCCCAGCCACAUGGCCUGUGCCCAGCGGAGUGGUGACACCACUGCUAUUAACACAACCAGAAAGAGACAUCCAGCAGGUCGGGUGCCCAAAGCUGCUGCCAGUAACUGGCCGAGCAGGAAGGAGCCGACACUGAGUGAGGGCCCUGCCUUUCCCGGCCUCCGUCUCUUGCCCCUGAAGUUCCUGCCUCUGCAGAAUCCUGCCCCCACCACCGAGCUGUGGACAGACUGGGUGCCACCACAGCCUUGGGGAAGUGGUAUCGGUGGCUGGUAGGCCAUGCACCUGGGGCAAGACUGUGUCCUCCAAGCUGAGCCAUGCAUUUUGAGGCCCGGUUAAUGUUCCAGCAAGUGGUGGAAAGGUUGUCCCAAUCACUGCUGGGCAUGGUAGAUAGGUUCCCUCCCAGGGAGGCUGGCAGGGAACCAUUGGCAUUGGAGUUGGGCCUUUGUUGGGCAUCUGCUGGGGCUGAGCCAGCCAAACUGGGGGCUGGGUGACGUGGCCUUGCCCUUGGGGGUGCUUUUGAGGCCUGCUAGAACAGUGCUGUCCAGCUGUGGCACAAAGCAGUGCUUGUGGAAGUCCAUGCUGCCUGGUUAAACAUCAGAGCAAGGGGGUGGGGGUGGGGGUGGGGUGCUGGUAAACAGACUUGGCCGGGGGAUGGGGGACAUUAAUGCUAGGGGGAGCCAUGGUGGUGGUGGGAGAAGGUGACAAAAGGGGGGGGAACAAGGGGACCCAUAAGUCCAGCGAGGAAGGCCCGGUGGGAGCUUGGCUGUCCCUCCAAAGGUUUGAGAAGACCCGGAAGGCCCCUUGCCUGGUUCACUCUUGCCAAGCUCCUGCCUCAGCCCCAGCCUCCCCCUCACCCCUCAGUCAAGACCACCUUUCCUCACGGUCACUAUUUAUUCUUCGUUCCUUUUCUUUUUGUAAGAAACAGUCACAAAAACCAGUGCAAAACCGUCA